UUAAAGAAACAUUCUGUUGAGUUUGAACAAUAACUAUUUUUUUCACGUUUUUAAUUUGUUAUUGUAAAAAUAAUUCGACAUAUUCAAGGAAAUUACAAUUUAACAACUUUAUACCAUUUAUACCAUCAGUUUUAAAUUAUAAUGAAACAAUGAUUUCUCGUAUGUCAUUUGUGCUUACAAGGAGUUACCUAACCUAAAAAUAGUUUGUUUUUCUUUGGUUUCUAUAUAAUUGUAUAGACGAUAAGUAAAGAGACAAAUUUGUUAGAAGUCUAUUUUUUUCCAAUUUUUAAUAAUGGCGCAACCAUGGGCGAAAAAAUUUGUAAAACUCAGUGUCAACAGCACAUGGAAACGAAAACCAAUAUGGCUUCCUAUGGCAAAAAGUAAAUUAUUUAAAAUACCACCAAGACCAGUUGUUCCCCCAGAAGAAUCCGAGGAAAUAAAACGAAUGUUCAAUCAUUAUAGAACAACUGUAAAUUCAUUAAGGAAAUAUUUCAUAAAUAUUUCUGAUGAAAAUAAAAUUGAAUUAAAUUCAGCAUUAAUGGAAAAGGCAAAAGAAGACGAUUUUUUGGCAUGUUCGAAAAUAAAUGAUGAAUGGAAUAAAAAAAUAUCAAUUGAAAGAGAUGAACGUUUAAAUAAUGAAAUGGAAUUAAAGAAACAAAAAAUUUUAUCUGCAAUUGAAAAAAAUAAACAGAGAAAAGCAUUAAAUUUAAAAAUUGCCGAGGAAGAAAUAAAAAAAGCAAAGGAAUUAAUUCCCACUUUAAUAACCAAUGAUAAUAUUGAUGAAGCAAUUGAAAAACUUUUAAAAGACACUGUUAAUUAUAAUUAUGCAAUAGACAUUGAUGGUAAAAAAUAUAACGACAGCGAAUUAAAUGCAAUUCAAAAACAAAAAUUUAAUGAACAAAAAAAUCCAAAGGAACAAUUUAAUUUUGUUCAACGAUAAAUUAUUUUAAGAGUUUGUAAAUAUAUUAAAAAAAAACAAAAAAUAAAUGUUUUAUAAUCAAGAAAAGAUUAAUAAACGACACACCUUUAGUAUCAGA